GGCAACGGGAGCAGCGCAGGUAACGCUGUCGAAGCAGGCAGGAAGUCCCCCCGCCGUAGGCCAGGCAGUCUGUCCGGGACCUUUGCGGUUGUUGGAGGUCCAGCCCAGGUUCUACCGCGAAGGCUGCUGGAGGCUGGAGGCCACACGCAUGCAGCCCAGCGAGCUGGAGACAAGACCUUUAUCCUGUCGGUAGAUCUUGACAGGCAGGUGUGCUUGCGUGACUGGGUUCCGGGCUACGGCUGAGUCGUCCACGCCGAGGACGUCACUGGCAUCCACGGGACUGCUGGCGUGUCAUCCGGAAGGGACGUGAUCGGGAGAUGUUACUUUUUUGUUUUUUUCCCCCCUGGAUCGGACAGUUGGACUGGUGAUGCACCGCACCCGAGCUACCCGGUCCUGCGGGACCGCACGUGACUAUUUGUUUGUAUGCGUGAGGGUGUGUGUGUGCGUGGGCCUGAUAAUUAUUAUAACUACUAUUAUUGUUAUUAUUAUUAUUAAUAAUAUUACGGGUGCUUCGUCUAUUUUUCCGACUGUUUAUUUGUACUGUCCCCAUGUGUGUGUGUGUUACAUUCACAGUCAAAGGUUCAACUGGCAAGUAAAAAAAGUCCAUUAAAUUGAAAUUAUUGAUUAAUAAAAUUAAUUUCAUUUAUAAAAAAAACGAUCUCUUCUCAUCCCUCGCCAUGCGGUCGGUUGCAUACUGGGUCAAACUUCGGGAACAACGACACUAUGUGAGGUGAAUUCUUACGAAAGCCAAAGUAAUUAACAUCUAUAGACUAAAACGACAGCAUGAGAAAUGAGAAAAAAGGUGAAGCAUUCAUUAUCCAACAGUUUACCAGCCAGGUAUAUGUUUACGGAAGCGUUUUACGAGUCUGCCUUUAGUAAAGACAAAUGCACAGACUGGGCUUUGCUGGCAUGCUAUUUUACACAAAACUUCACAUAGAAGAGGAACAGUGUUUUCAUAUAGUGUAUAUAUAGUGAGAUGUAGAGUAACCACACAUGUGAAAGGAUUCCCCCUUCAAAGGCCAGUGAUAACAUUUGAAGUAGCACAAGGUUCAGGGUUUAUACACCAUGUUGAGCCUAUUUCAGAGAGGAACUGCUAGGGCCAUCAAAUAUAUUAAAAAAAAUAUAUUUCAUCAGUAUAAAUGUUACUUCAGCAAUUUAAAUCUCAAUUCUUUUGAUCCAAAAUGAUUUGGGUAUUAUAUUAUUAUAUUAUAAUAUUAACUAUUUGUUGCACAUAGGGAGAACUGAGGAUUUGUCUCGAAGUCAUUCCAGUUGAAGUUCUUAAAAUGUUUUCUUUGUUGCUAAUUUAGACAAGACGAACAGUUAGCUUGUCGUGAGACAAACUUACAAAACUACUAACAUAUGCUUGAGUUUUACAAUAUGUUUAAACAAUGUGAAUUAUGAUGUUUCUUUUGAACUUUCGGGAUUUUAUUUUGAAGAUCAUUAUUCAGACGCUGACGUCACCGGAACGAUUAAGUUUUUAUGAGUGGCAUGGCGACAUGUCACCGUCUCCGACAACUUUGUCCGAAAGACGUUUUCAGCUUUUCGUUCGCUUUGAGGUUCUUUUAGUCAUGGCGAUCUCACUGUGUGCUGCCUUCAUGUUUUUUGCUUCUCUUUACGAAUGUGGUGAGUACCGUCAGCGUCUUCCUCUUUCGCAGGGUACCGGAAGUGCCAACUUUCCCCAACUUUCAAAGGGGGGGCUGCGCUUUGCGUCCUACUACGGAGACCACAUGGUGCUCCAGAGGGCUCCGGAGAGCGCCGUGCUGUGGGGCUACGGCCCCGAGGGUGCUAACGUGACCCUCACCUUGGCGGGACCCACGCAACAGAAACACGCAUUGGCUGUUGUGACAAACGGCAUCUGGCGCGUCACCCUGGACCCGGUUGAAGCCGGGGGUCCCUACGAGGUGACCGCGGCCGUUGAAGACGCCGCAGCCGUUCUGACAGAUGUGCUGUUCGGAGACGUGUGGCUGUGCGGCGGGCAGAGCAACAUGUGGCUUCAGACUUCGAAGAUUUUCAACGCGUCAGACGAGCUGCGCCAGGCAGAGAAGUUUCCUCACGUGAGGAUCUUCAUGGCGGCCUUGAGACAAAGUGAAACAGAGGAGACUGAUUUGAUCCAAGUGGAGCAUCCCUGGUCGGUGCCGCCAGAAAACGUGGCAGAUUUCUCCGCCGUGUGCUGGCUCUUUGGCCGCUACUUGCAUGAGACGCUGCGGUACCCCAUCGGACUGGUGGAGUCCUGUUGGGGGGGCACGCCUGUCGAAGUCUGGUCGUCUCCUCGAGCACUGCAGCAGUGCGGCCUGCAGCAGACGGCAAGCGGAUUUCUCAGCCCGAACGAGAAUUCGGUCUUAUGGAACGCAAUGAUUCACCCGCUGCUCAACAUGACCGUCAAAGGAGCCAUCUGGUACCAAGGUGAGGCGAAUGCAGAGUACAACCAGGAAAAGUACAACUGUUCCUUCCCCGCUAUGAUUGACGACUGGAGGUUGGCGUUUCACCGCGGCUCGGGUGGGCAGACGUCUCCCAACUUCCCCUUUGGAUUUGUCCAGCUGUCCACCUACCGAAAAGGCUCCAAGAGCGACGGCUUCCCAAACAUCCGCUGGCACCAGACCGCUGACCACGGCUUCGCCCCCAAUCCCCGGAUGCAGAACACCUUCAUGGCCGUGGCUUUGGACUUACCCGAUAAAAAAUCCCCCUACGACCCGAUCCAUCCCCGAGACAAGCAGGAUGUCGCCCACCGACUCUCACUGGGAGCCAGGGCAGUGGCUUACGACGAGAAGGGCCUGGCCUUCCAGGGCCCUUUCCCCAAGCUCAUCGCUUCCACUUCCAAGACCAUCAACGUCACCUACGACCAGAAAGUCCGCGUCACGUCGUCUGGGGACGUCUUUGAGGUCUGCUGCACAAAGGGUCAGGCUCGAUGCGGGCCGGGUUUCGCCUGGGUCCCAGCUCCCAUCAUGCAGUGGGGUCCGACCACCGUGCAGUUAUCCUCCGACGUGUGCCCCCCCGCCGAGGAAGCGUCGGCCCUGCGAUACGCAUGGAAGGACUGGCCAUGUGACUUCAAAGCCUGUCCCGUGUACAGCGCCAGCGGGGACCUACCUGCGCCCCCUUUCAUCACCGAGCGCUCUCCCACCGUAGGGAGGCAGGAGGUGUGAGGGGGAAACCAAGCGGGGGGGGGGGCUUAGAUCAAAUGAGCUGAUCGGACAGGUGUGUAGUCAGAUUCACUGGAUUGUUCAAGGAACUUGCUCUUUAAAGGGGAAGAAUGGCUUUGCAUUUUCAUUUUCAUUUUUUUUUUUUUUAUUUCUUCCUCGUUAAUUCAUUUUCAACUUUUGAUGUUUCUUUGACAUCCAAUUGCUGUUUGUACCUCAAUUCUUUUCCAAAAAUUCCCAAUUCCUCUUCAACUGCUCCUUACUACAACCACUAAAACUGCCUUUACUACAAAAACUGCAAUCACUAUUACAACACUUCUGUUACUUUCUCUAUUACUGUCAAUGCACUUUUGUCAGGAAGCCUAUUUUCUAGCUCGUAGCACUUGCAGCCACACAGUUGAUUGGGUUCGGUCUCAGUGGUGCAGUGCCGGCUCCCAGCAGGUCAUCGGUCCGCUAUUCAUGUCGGCUGGGUACAAAAGCUUAUAACUUAUGGUACUUAAGUAUUCUGCUGGAAUAUUUUGUACUUCUUACUCUGUGCAUGCAUUUAAAGAGAUCAUCAGUCUGUUUGAUAGUGGAGGUGGGAGCAUCAUGGUGUGGGGCUGCUUUUCAGCAAAUUAUACUGGCAAACUUCACAUAAUUGAAGGAAGGCUGAAUGUGCAAAUUUACAGAGACAUUAUUGACAUAAAUAUGCUGCCAUCUACCAGGAUGAUAAAGAUUUUCAGCAAAACAAUGAUCCUAAACAUACAGUCAAAGAAACUCUCAACUGGUUUCAAAGAAAGAAAAUAAAGCCGCUAGAAUGGCCCAGACAAUCACCUGACUUAAAUCCCAUUUGGAAAGAACUGAAGAUCAAGAUUCAUAGAAGAGGCCCACAGAACCUUCAAGAUUUGAAGAUUGGGCCAAAAUCACAGAGCAAUGCGACUAGUUUCUCCAAAUAGCUGUCAUUACCAACAAAGUAUUGGAUAAAUAUCAGUAAGCGUGUUCAAUACUUUAUUUCUGAGUUUCUUUGUAUGUAUUACUUGGGUUGUUACCAACAUCUGGUGAAAAUGUCAUGUCAAUAGCUCCUUUGGAAAUAUAUUUACUGAGAAAAAUGGUGACGUGUUAAAUACUCAUUUCACCUGCUGUAAACAGUCGGUCACAGUGUUGACCUUGUGGACGAUCUAUGCAGUUACAACUCCUGCCAAUACUUGCUGAACUUGGUGGGGAAAACCAGGACCUUAAUUUGAAAGUUUACAACAUUAAUCUGCAUAAAUAAAUGGUAU